UCCUGUGGGAAACAAAAUCACGAAGAGCGCUCCGUCCCGGUCUCGACAGAUAGACUCGGUAGACAGCACGAAGACAGCUGAUGGUCCGACACACGGGUGUAAGGACUCCGAAAGUGGGCAGGGAUCCGCGUGAACAUCACCAUCGUAGACACUACGGCAUCGUCGCCGCGCAAAUUUCGAAAUAAUGAAUUCCCAACUCAGAUGUGAGCCCUGUGACAAAAGGUUCGACGGCGUCAUACCCUAUCAACAACAUCUCGCGUCUGAGAAGCAUUUGAAAAAACUUCGUGCUCUGGAGUCUCCGAGCCUGGUCAGUCAAAGCGCACAAGAUGUGAACUUUCUCCAUUGUGAACCUUGUGGGAAAAAGUUCGCUGGACAAGUUCCGUACAAUCAACACAUAAUAUCGGAGAGACAUCUCAAGAAAAUGAGAGAGUCGGUAUCCGUGCCGUCGAGCAGUAUCUCGACCCAAUCUACUGCGGAGUCGAGCUGCCCUCUCUGUAAUGUCACAUUCGAGAAGUCUGCCGAUCUGUACCAGCAUUUUGGCACGAACGAGCAUCGAGUCCGGUCGGUGCAGAAGGCCACGCAAAACGCAAGUCCCUCGGGGCUCACAGCCGAACAAAAAGAGGACAGAGAUCUCCUGAUACGCGUUAUCGCAAACCACAAUCGUGAUUUUCUCGUUUGUCCGGCUGAUAUGCCAUUCAUGGAUUUCGUGGCGAAACACAACAUAUUUUCUUGAGCGGAGACCGAGAAUUCGGCUCUGAUGAAAAGGAAACUCAUCCGAAGUGAACCGAGGAGUUUCCAAGAUCACAGUGGAGCCUCGGUUGUACAAGCUCUUAAGAAAUUCAGCUCCAUUGUGGCAAUUUUUUCGAGGGAGAACUCUGUCAUCGAUCAAGCUUUUAAUGCUUCUUCAUGGAUCCUCGGUGGUUUCAAUGUUGAUUUUAUUGACGAUUCUUAAAAUUAGGAUGUCUAUCGUCGGGGUGAAUCUUUGCGAAGUUGAUAUGAGCGAGCUUGUUUCGUGAUAAGAAAAAUUCUGUACGAAGCUUCAAGCAUUAAUGAAAUGACACAAGCAAGGUUCUACUGUAUCCCCGUCGAUUCCGGCAUUGAGCGAUCAUCAUCGACGGCUCUUGUCAUUGGAGCCGGAGCUGGACCGCCGGGUGACUUCCAACCCCGCGAUACGCAUCCUGCGUCGUGGGAGGAACAAAAGUUCAAGUAGGCACGGGCUCUUUCCAAACCCAUGGAACGGCUCUUCGCGGUAUACUUUCCAACGACUUGCUCUGAAGCUAGAAUGAGGUGCCAUGGAUUCCUUCAUCUUCCCCUCCGUAUGGAUAUGAGGUAACGUUGUUCAAGAAGAAAGUCUUCCUGUUAUCAUGAUGAUCCGAUGGAAUCAC